AUGGUAGAGAUAGAAGAGAUAACGACUGAAGCAAUUCUUCCGGAAACAGCAGAGAAAUCUGCAAACGUAUCAAAGAAGGAACCAACUCAAUUGAACGAUGAUGGUCUAGACAGAAAGACUUUAUUUGUUAGAUCAAUUCCACAUGAAACAACUUCAGACCAGUUAUCAGAAUUUUUUUCACAAUUUGUCCCAGUCAAACAUGCAGUGGUUGUCAAUGACGAACAAGGUCAAAGCAGAGGGUUCGGUUUUGUUUCAUUCACAAUGGAUGAUGAUACGUUAACAGCAUUGGUUGAAUCAAGGAAGACCAAAUUUAACGAUAGAUUUUUAAGAGUAGAUAUAGCUAAAAGAAGAGAUAGGAAGGAUAGAGACAGUACGACUCAAAAAAAGUCAAUAGAACCAGUUGAGAAACGACGAGCCAGAUUGAUAAUACGAAAUUUACCAUGGAGUUGUAAAAAACCAGAAGAGUUAAAGAAAAUUUUCAAUAAAUUUGGAGCAGUAUUUGAUGCAUAUAUACCGAAGAAAAAAUCAGGACAAAUGACUGGGUUUGGAUUCGUAAUAAUGAAGAAACAAUCUGCAGCUAUAAGAGCUGUAAAAGAGUGUAAAGGAUUAAAGAUUGAUGGAAGAGAAGUUUCAGUUGAUUUUGCUGUUGAAAAGUCUAAGUGGGAGAAAAUAAGGGAAGAACGAAACGAAGAAAAUGAUGAAGAGGAAGAUGAAGUUUCAGAGCAUGAGAAAGAUGAUGACGAGGAAGUAGUGGUAGUAGAUAAUGAUGAGGAUGAAGAUGAAAGUGAUGAUGAGGAUGAUCCAGAAUUUGGGGAAUUAAACGAAAUAAAAUCAGAUGAUGAAGUUGACUCAGAUGAAGAUGUCAAAAUAAAAGCGGAUAGUGAUAUUGAAAUAGAGGAAGAAGAAGAGGAAAAACCUCGAAAGAAAAGUAAUAGACAAGAAGCAUAUGCUGUUUUUGUCCGUAAUAUACCUUACGAUGCUGACGAAGAAACAUUGAAGGAGCAUUUUGAGUCAUUUGGUCCCGUGAAAUAUGCAUUGCCAGUCAUAGAUAAAGAAACUGGAUUAGCUAAAGGCUCUGCAUUUGUUGCCUUCAAGAAUGAAGAAGCUUACUUGGAAUGUCUUGAAAACGCUCCAUCAAACACGGGAUCAUCUUCAAUGUUGAUUGCUGACGAUGUAUCACCACAAUAUGUAUACCAAGGAAGGAUCUUAUCAAUUACGUCAGCUGUUGACAGGGAGUCUGCUAAUAAAUUGGCUGAAAGAAAUUCCAUUAAAAGAAAAGAAUUAUUGGGUAAAGCCCCAGGAGAGAAAGACAAACGUAAUCUAUUUUUAUUGAAUGAAGGUAGAAUCACAGAAAACUCAAAAUUAGCACAAAAGAUAUCAAAAACUGAUUUAGAAUUAAGAGAGAAAUCUUACAAAUUAAGAGUACAGCAAUUGAACAAAAACCCAACAUUGCACUUAUCGUUAACAAGAUUAGCCAUACGAAAUUUACCAAGAGCUAUGAAUUCGAAAGCAUUAAAAGCUUUGGGAAGAAAAGCAGUGGUACAAUUUGCCACUGAGGUGAAAAAUGGUGAUCGUCAACCAUUGUCAAAAGAAGAAGUUUCUAGAUCAACCAAGCUGAAAAAAGAAAUACAGGAAGAGAUUGAAACCAAAUCGAAAAAUUCAAAACAUAAAGGUGUUGUGAAACAAGCAAAAGUUAUUAUGGAAGUUAAAGGAACUGGUGAAGCUGGUAGAAAUAGAGGAUAUGGGUUUAUUGAAUUUAGAGAUCAUAAGGCAGCUUUGCAGGGUUUGAGAUGGUUAAAUGCUCAUGAAGUUACUAAUCAAGAAAUAAUCGAGGGUUUAAGUGAAGAUGAGAUAAAAUUGGCUAAAUUGGAAGGGCUAAGUAAAAGAAGAUUGAUUGUUGAGUUUGCUGUUGAAAAUGCUCAAGUUGUGAAAAGGAGGAGAGAAAAAGAAUUAAUCAGUAGAAAGUACAACGACUCCAACGGUGACGGUAAAAACGAGUCAAGCAGAAAGAGAAAAAGAGAUGAUGACGAUGGAGAGACUACCUCAAAUCGAAAUGAUAAAAAACAAAAGAGAAAAGGGUCACUGAAGAAAGGUAACAUGAACAAAGGAGAAAUAAAAAAUCAAUCCUCAUCACAAGACAAAGGCUCGAAACAGGAGAAAGAACCUAAAAACAAAUCGGGACUUUCAGAUAAUGUCAAAUCAAUCAUUGGACAAAAGAGAAGAAGAAGAAAAGGUAAAAAAUAA